GUUUACUGCAACUGCUUCCCGAGCAUCCCAAGAAGCCCGCGGACGACUGAUCAACAAUGAAGCUCCGUUACGCAACUCUCUUGUUCCUCCAAACUGUCUCCUGCCUGGCAACUGUCACAGCCAAGGACCAGGUCUUUGACUAUGUCAUUGUUGGCGGCGGCACCUCCGGACUGGUGGUCGCGAACCGCCUUUCAGAAAAGACGAACGUGCGCGUGGCUGUCAUUGAGCCCGGCGGCGACGAGCGGAACAACCCCGACGUCACGCUCGUCACUAGCUAUCUCAAUAUGUCGGCCUUUGAAACCCCAAUUGAUUGGGCUUAUAAAACCGUUCCCCAGGUCGGUAUAAACAGCGAACCGAUGACUUAUCACCAGGGCAAGGCGAUCGGAGGAACCAGCGCCAUUAACGCUAUGUCGUUCAUACGUAGCAACAAGGCCGACAUUGACGCCUGGGAAAAGCUCGGCAAUCCGGGCUGGAAUUGGGAUAAUUUAUACCCUUAUUCCCUAGCUGCCGAAAACUUUAGCAUCCCCGGCCCGGGGCUACAGGAAUCUGGCAUAACCUUUGAUCCAGCUUUCCACGGCGUAUCGGGCCCCAUUCGCACCGGCUGGGGAAACGACUUUUCCAACCUGACCCUCACACCGACGGUGCGCGACGCAUGGGAGGAGCUUGGGCUUCCGUCGAAUCUCGACACGGGUGGUGGCAACAACCACGGCGUCUCGACGAACCCGCUCACCGCCCAGGCGGGGCCGCCGGAUAUCCGUUGGGACGGGGCCCGGGGGUAUUGGUACCCCGUGGAGGACAGACCGAACUUGACAAUUAUUAAAGGCACGGUUUGGCGUUUGGUUUGGAAAGACGGAGAUACAAUAACCAGUGGCUUUGAAGCGUCCAUUACUGCCACUGGCGUCGAGUACCUGGAUCAGGAUGGACAGGCAGUUGUCCUUUCGGCCACCAAGGAGGUAAUCCUCUCGGCCGGUUCACUUAGGACACCGCUCGUUUUGGAAAGCUCCGGUGUCGGGAAUCCAGGAAUUUUGAAAAACCUGGGUAUACCCAUCGUGGUAAAUCUUCCAGGGGUGGGUGAAAACUUCCAAGAACAGGGGAAUAACCGCUUUGUUUAUGGCACCAUCGCAGAAGUGACGGGCGUCGGCAUAUCCAACACCUGGGCCACUCCGGCCGACAUAUUCGGCAGCGACCUCGCCGACGUUGCGAACCGCACCCGUGACGAACUGCCGGGCUGGGCCGACCAGAUCGUUUCGGCGUCGGCCGACUCCGGCGCGCUGCUAAACAGGACUGCCGUCGAGGCGGUUCUGCGGGCUCAGCACGACCUGGUCUUCGGGGACGCUGCGGCGGGGGGAAAUGGGACGACGACGCUGACCGAAUACGUCACCAUGACCCUUGGAACUGGGACGUUGAUCUUGUCGCACUGGACCCUUUUCCCCUUUUCGCGCGGCAGUGUCCACCUCGCCUCGUCUGACGUAUCCAAAAUCGACGAGCCCAGGAUCGACCCGCGGCUCAACCUCGUCGACUUUGAUACAAUGGCCCAAGCCCAGGCCGCUAAGCUGGGUGCGAAGCUACCAAAAACGGGUCCGUUGAGCGGGCUGCUGUCAGGGCGCAUCCAGCCGAGCCCGGACGUGCUGCCAGAGAACGCUACGGACGCCCAGUGGAGAGAAUAUAUUAGAACCACCUCUGGACUCGCCUACCACAACAUCGGGACCGCAUCCAUGAUGUCCAAGGAUCUCGGCGGCGUCGUGAACCCAGAGCUGAAAGUCUACGGGACGGCCAACGUACGAGUAGUGGACAUGUCUAUUAUCCCAAUGCAGCUUACCGGGCAUCCCGUCGCAAUACUAUACGCCGUUGCGGAGCGGGCGGCAGACAUUAUUAAGCGCUCGCCGCUUUAUCGAUUAUAGGCACGUUACUUUGGAAGUUGAGAGGUAGUGAUACAUUAUUCCUCCGGUGGGGCUUUUGCAUUACGGCAGUUUUCUUUUUCCUCUUUAUAUUACCUAGCCGCGGGAGUUGUAGAAGAGUGAGAAACGAUAAUUUAGGCACCUCCAUAUUUAGGCACCUCCAUAUUUUGAAAAGUAGACUUCUGUACUGAGGAAUGGAAUGGGAA